GGAUGACACUCCUCCGCUACCUCAAAUUUCGAUCUUAUCAGGAUUGAAGGCGGUUCUGCAAUUAAUUAACUAAAAUCGAAUACAUCGAGAGUGUUUCCCAUUUCGUUUCGACGAGGUAACUAGAAAGCUGAUCAAGACAUGAAACGCAAGUCUUCGAACAGCGAGAUGGAAAACAACCGAGAGUCACUGGCAGCUAUCAGAACGAGAGUGAAAUAUCAGGGUCGUCUGACAGCUGCCGUUGGCUUGAUUUUAUGUUUGGGGUUGUGUGUUAUUGGACUCAAUGUGUAUAACUUGAGAUCACUACGAGAGACCAAUAGUAGGAUACGUCACAAUCAGAGAGAAGAGACGUUGGUCAACGAUGAGAAACGUGCCGAUGUUGCUGCUGGUGCAGUACAGACAAGUGAUGUGAAGAAAGUACACAGCGUGUGCAUAUAUUCAAGACAGAAAUCGCAUCUAAAUCAUGUUAUUGCCGUGUUCGAGCGUCUCGGAUAUGACACAUCAGCUAAGAAGGAAGACAACUGGGAUGUAAUGUGGUCUCACGAAUAUCCAUUUGGUCAGUUAGGUGGACUGCUGUCAGAGAUGAAAGCAACCCAGAAAGUUAAUCACUGGCCGGGAUCUGGGUAUCUUACUAUGAAGGGUAAUCUAGCGACAUCGAAGUUGAAGUCAACACCGCUGGGAUUUAGAAUACCGAAGGAGAUAAAGGAAUUUAGAGCAGAGGCUAAAAAUCAUCCUGACAAAUUGUGGGUACAAAAGAGUAAUAAUCACCGAGGAGUGAGGAUAAAGAAAAUUGAAGAGAUGUAUCUGUUGGAUGUCCCAUAUGAUGCCGGUGUAUUCGUUCAAGAGUUUGUCUCUAAUCCACUACUAAUAGAUGGAAGGAAAUUUGAUAUUGGCAUUUACACAGUCAUCACAUCUAUUGAUCCCCUACGAGUCUACAUAUAUGAAGAUGAAUUCCUACUGAGGUUUUGUAGUCAGCCCUACCAUCCUCUAGAUGUCAUUGAAGUAACCAAGUAUGUUGUGACAGAUGACUACACGCCAACAUGGCAGAUACAAUCUCUUGUUUCCUUGUACAAUGACUAUCACUACAGUCAUAAACAGGCACUCUUUACAUAUAUGAGAAAGCACGGACAUGAUCCCGACAAGGUGUGGACUGCAGUAAAAGAGUCUAUCAGAGAGGCAAUUGUUUCUAAAGAACCUGAUUUCAAGAAGUCUCUUCAGCAUUUCACAUCCAACAGGAAUUUCUUUGAGUUGGUUCGAUUUGACUUUGUAAUUGAUGAAAACCUGAAGAUAUGGUUAAUGGAGGUCAACAUGUCACCAAACCUUUCAUCCGAGCAUUUUCCUCCCAACAAGUGGAUGUACGAACAGGUUAUAUACAACAGUCUGCGUCUAGUUGGUGUUGGCAGAAUGACACACUCGAAUAUCCCUGAUGUAAGUCGUGAUGAGAAGGAAAUGAGGGUCAAUUCACGUGACAUUCAGAUAGCACCAGAACACUGCACAGCAGAUGGCUGUACCAAACUAGACGACUGCAAGAAGCUUAUAUGCAAGAUGUGCCAACUGUGUAGAACAGCCUCGUUGUCAAACACACUGAAGGAUGCUUUCCUGGAGCAUGUCAACAGAGGAAACUUUAGACGAGUCCUCCCUCAUCCUUUGGACACAACUCCAAGUAGCAUGGACGCUAAAGAAGAUGAGCAGUUGUCUGAGAACAAUAAGUUGAUGGUAAUGUGGUUUAGAGCAAAAUGUCGAUUGGAUGUAUCAUGGUGCCAUUAGCAA